AGCACGCUGUCCGUGAGAUUGGGAUCAUGCUUGAGCAAGUGCGGCGGCGGCUUCAGUUGGUAUACAGGCAGUGAGAUCUCUAAUCGUAUGAUCGGCUGGCUUAUCCCCGUUCUUGUGCUUAUCGGUAACAUGCAUAUGCCACCUCUCAGCGGAAAAUACAAGGCCUUCAGCAUCCUACACUUCAUCGGCGACCCUAUUGACAGUAUACUAAGUCUCCAGCAUACCCUAGGCAUUCGCCACGCAGCACACGUAUGGGCUGGAAAAACUGUCACCGAGCACAGCUUAACGGGACGAGUAGCACCUCAAGACCUUGCUGCCGUCUUCUGGGCGUUUGACACAUUAAAUGCAGGAUCCAGCAACACGCCCAUCCGCAUCCUAGAGCCGUUACUACACCUACCGGAUUUCCCCUUCGCAGUCAAUGAGGCCGCAGCAGACAUACGGAAUACCACAGUGAAAGAAUCAGCGCGAACAUACCUAGCUAUCCUCAUAUACCUCAGCACCGUCGCCACAGCAUUUAUCAAAGCAUCGAGCAGUACAACACAAUUCGCGUCAAGACCAGGGAACCGGGUCGCCCUCGCAAUGCUCUACUGUUGGCUACUCCCUGCCAUCCUGCUCUCCACCUCCGCCGCCCGCUUCACGACGUCAGAUGCCUGCAUUCGAGCAAUCAAACGCUUCACCCGACAUCUCCGCCACCCCAAGUUCACAGACACCUCACUCUUACCGGCUCAGUUUCACUCGCACAUCACCACCAUGGCCAGAACAACCCACAGCGUCCAAGAUGCUUCACCCUGGUCCGGGGCUAUCUACGUCUACCGCCCCUGCAAGCCGUUCAUUUCCCAUCCCUUCCCCUACUACCCCUCCCCAGUCUCCAUGCUUCUGCUGUCCAUCAUCCCCAUCCUCAUCUCCAUGUGCGUGGCCAUAGCCAUCAGUUACAACACCCCCACCAUCGGCUUCGGGUGUCGGUCCAUCGCUGAAAUCUCCAUCAGUUGCAUGUGGCUCUUCUCCUUCCUUAUCACC